UAUAUUGUAACAAAUAGAUAGAUAUCGAUAUGAAGAUAAAUCGAGAGUAGGAAGUUUUUAUUGUAACCCUGUAUGGUUUUUUUUUCUCUUCGAAAUAAAGUUGUUGUCGGUUACCACGUGUCUUCAAUUUUUACCUUUACGGAUUUUAUCCGAUUUAAGUUCGGGAUCUUAUCCCAGGCUAUAACAAACUGGCGACGAGUGAGGAAAAACAGAAAGAAUCCAUCAAAAGAAUGUCCACUUCAGUUCUACCGCCUCCGGUCAUGUUUAAUCAUGAAAGCGGAUCAUGGACACUUUUUCUGAAGAGAUUGGGAAACCUUUUUAUUACGUAUAACGUAAGUGAUGAAAACAUAAAAAAAGCUUAUUUGCUGGCGUCAUUAGGUGACAGUACGUAUAAUCUUUUGAUUAGUUUGUGCAUCCCAAGUGAUCCUGAAGAGACGAACGUGACUUUUAAGAAUAUUGCAGAUCUCCUGUCGAACCAUUUUAAACCUGUCCGAGCGAUUCUUUGUUAUAGACAAGAUUUUUAUUCGGCCAGGCAGGAAGAGGACGAAAACGUGACCGUAUUUUCAGCCAGGCUACGAACGUUAGCAAGUUAUUGUGCUUUUGGUCCCGAGUUAGACAACCUCCUACGAGACAUCUUUAUCAUGGGCCUCAGGGAUAGCAAUGUAAAAAACCGCCUAAUGGAAGAAGAUGUGUCCAAACCCGAUUUUGACUUUGCAAAGGCUCUGAAACUGGCUUCAUCAAGAGAAGCAACCACAAAUUACCAGGUAAACCAACCCACUCACACAAUUAAGACAGAAUUAGCAGAAAUACACAAUAUAAGACAGCCAGGAGGAAACAAAAAUAAAACCACUUCCAAGUGUUUUCACUGUGGAUGGAAAAAUCACCAGGCAAAAGACUGCAAAUUCAAGAACGCUACUUGUCAUUCCUGUAGCAAAGUGGGCCAUUUAGCUUCCAUGUGUAAAUGGAAGAUCAAAAGGAAAGUUGUCUCUAAACAUAAAUUUCUGCCAGAGGAAAAAGAAGAUGAAGUUUGUCUAAGUGAUUCACUUUUUUCAAUACAAAUGGAAAACAACAACGAUAAGCCUAAGCCUAUUCAAAUCGAACUAAUGGUGGAAAAUAAAAAACAUGUUUUCGAACUGGAUACAGGUUCAAUUUAUAAUGUGAUUUCUAAGAACUAUUACAUGAACCAUUUUCAGUCAUAUCCAAUUAGAGAAAAUGAUAUUAGAUUGACGGAUUAUGUGGGCCAUCCAAUCAGACCCAUCGGGAAAACAUUGAUACCAGUAAAUUGUCCUAAAUACAAUGGAAAAAUGGAAUUUUACAUUAUAGAUAAAGGAGGACCUCCACUGAUUGGAAGAAAGGGGUUGAAUCUACUAAAUCAAACUGGAGUUAGUCAAAUUUUCUAUAACGAGAUGAAAAUAUGUCCAGAUGCCCCAGAGGACAUUAGGCAGAUAUUAUCAGAAUUUCCCUCUGUGUUUUCCAGAGAAGGAGGCGUUUUCUCAGGUAAAAAAGUCACUUUGAAAGUCAAAGAAAAUGUGAGACCAGUCUUUUUGAGGGCCAGAACUUUACCAAUUGCAUUGAAGGACAAAGUGGAGGAAGAACUGAAACGAUUAGUGAAAGAAGAUAUUUUGGAACCAGUAGACCAUAGCCCAUGGGGAACGCCAAUAGUUCCGGUGCUGAAACCAAAUGGGACCAUUAGAGUCUGCGGAGAUUACCGCUGUACAGUGAAUCCAUUUUUGGAAGAAACGGGUAACUCCCUACCCAGAGUUGAUCACCUGUGCUCUAAUUUUGGAGGAGCUACUUGCUUUUCGAAAAUAAACCUAAGAAAUGCCUAUCAACAAUUGGAAUUAGAUGAAGAAUCAAAACAAAUAACAACAAUUAACACACAUAUGGGGUUGCUGAGAUAUAAAAGACUGUGCUUUGGGAUUUCCACAGCUCCAGCAGUGUUUCAGAGAAUCAUGGAUAAACUAUUGACUGGAAUCAAAGGCGUGGGCACCCUGCUUGAUGAUAUUUGUGUGACUGGUAGGACAAGGCAGGAGCACAAUCAGAAACUAAAAUUGGUAUUAUCAAUAUUAGAAAAAGCGAAUCUAAGAGCAAACCCCACAAAAUGUGUUUUUGCCCAAACAUCGAUUAACUAUUUGGGACAUGUCAUAGAUAAAAAUGGGUUGCACACCACUGAUCAGCAUGUCAAAGCCAUCCGAAAUAGUCCCCGACCAAAAGAUGUAACAACAUUGAAAUCUUUUCUAGGAAUGGUAACUUUUUAUAUCAAAUUUAUACCUAAAGCAGCUGAAAUAUUACAUCCUUUGUACAGCUUACUAAAACAAAAUAACAGAUGGAUCUGGUCAGAGAAAUGUGAACAAGCCUUUAAGAAGAUAAAACAGGUUUUGACCUCUCGCCCAGUACUUACACAUUUCAAUCAAAAGCUUCCAUUGAGAUUGACAGUGGAUGCUUCAGCAAAAGCGGUGGGAGCUGUUUUGUCCCAUGUACUACCUGAAGGGGAACGGCCAAUCGCCUAUGCAUCGCAAGUGCUGAAUUCAGCCCAACAGAAGUAUCCAUCGAUCGAACGAGAGGCUUAUGCCAUUAUUUUUGGAUACACAAAAUUUAAGGACUAUCUGUUCUGUAAAGAAUUUGAGUUGGUGACGGAUCACCGUCCACUGAUGUACAUUUUUGGAGCAAGAAAAAAACUCCCUGUCUAUGCGGCAAAUCGACUUCAACGAUGGGCAUAUCUCAUUUCAAAUUAUAAUUAUAGUAUAAAAUGUGUUAAAUCAAAAGACAACUGUGCAGACUACCUAUCUCGUAUAGACUGGGGUAAACAACCAGCGAUAGAUCCAUUGGAUGAAGUGAACUAUUUUCAUUUUGUGGCAGAAACAGUGCCAUUUAGAUUAGAUUGGAAGAAAAUAAAACAAGGGACAAGAAACGAUCCAGAGUUAUCAAGAGUGGUUGACAGUGUGGUUCAAGGCUAUAGAUUACCAAGAGAAAUAAAGUACGAACCAUUCAUACGUCGAGAUAAAGAACUCACUGUGGAAAAAGGAUGUCUGAUGUGGGGUUACCGUGUGAUCAUCCCCCAGAAAUUUCGAGAAACAGUUCUACGAGAGCUUCAUGCAAAUCAUUUUGGAUCGACAAAGAUGAAGAGUCUAGCUCGCUCAUAUUUCUGGUGGCCUUCAAUGGAUAGCAACAUUGAAAAUAUAUCAAAAGAUUGUGAAGUUUGCUGCAGAUUUAGAGAAAACCCCCCAAAAUCCAUUCUUCAGCCAUGGUCAUGGCCAUCAACAACCUGGACAAGACUUCAUGUUGAUUUUUUAGGACCGAUCAACCGCAACCACUGUUGAUUUCAGAGAACAAAAACCUAAAUGGACUAAAGGAGUAGUUGUAAAAAGAUUAGGCAACCAAACGUUUUUAGUAAAGACUGAAGAAGGAAAGAUUUGGAAACGCCACACAAACCAACUGUGGCCAGGGUCAUCAAGAAAUUAUGAAAAAGAACAACAAGACGUUCAGAAAGAAAGGGUAGAUGAAGAAAGGUGGCCGUCAAGUGCAGAAGAAGAUGUAACCAACAACCCAGAGGAGAAUAGUACCAAACAAGAAACUGAGGAGGCAGAGGAUAAAGAAACAUCAUCAGAGAGGCUACCAGAACUAAUGAUGAAAACACCAAGGUUGCUUCGGCCAAGAGAGAAGUUAAAACCAGCAGUGCGGUAUUCUCCCUCGAGUGAGUGAAAGUGAGUGAAGUGAGGAUAUAAAGAUUACAUUAUAUACAAAAUUGAUUAUUAGGGGG